AUGUCGAGCGGUCAAUGGGAAGUUGUUGGUAAAAGCAAGAAGUCUCAAAAUGGUAAAGUCAAAAAUUCUAAAGAUGAAGACAAAAAACCAACCAAAAAUGGUCCGAAACUUGAAGAUGUCGUACCACCAUCACAACUGAAAUCCUAUUAUGCGGGGAUGGAGAUCGACGAUACUAAGAAGCCGCCAAAGGAUAAAAAGAAGGAUGGAGACAAAAAAAAGAAGCAGGAUAAAAAAUCGGAACCUCCAAAGCCCAAGCCACCUAAGACUAUCGAGGAGGCCCUUGAGGCUAUUGAUAUUGCAGAGUUGGCAAAUGUUAUAACAACAAACAAGCUUCGAUUUUCUAAUGCUCCUCUGGUUUGGUUAAAAGAAGUGGCUAAUUUCCUUAAUUCUAAAAUUCAAAUUGAUGUUGAUGACUCCACUUUUGCCAACUAUCCUCCAACCUAUCCACUAUGUGUUACACCAGUACCUGUAAAGAAGGCAUUGGAAACUGUACUACGUGAUUCAGGAAAAGCGAACACACAAAUAUUUUUUGAUGUAACACUCACUACCUUAGCUAAUGAUAUGAUAAGAGGUCAGUCUGUAAACGGCCAUAGAUUGCUUUUACAAAUGCUAGCUCAUGAAUACCCAGAAUUUUGUAUAGCAUCCAUACCCAAGAGUGUUACUCUUAGAAAUUCAUAUCAGAACAGGCCCCCAAUUGGAUUAUCUUUGCUAUGGACAUUGGGCCAAGGUGGUUAUAAAGACUUCGCAGUUGGAUUGAAAGCCUGGCAAGAACUCUUCUUUCCUAUAAUCGAGUUAAAGAAUUACACGAAAUACACAAUAGUGUAUUUGUCCAAUUUACUGGACAGACACGCUAGUAUGGACGCUAAAGUUACAUUAGACCAGCUGGUUGCCAUGUUCGACAUGGUGAAUAGCAAACGGAAUGCACUGUCUAAAGAUCUGUCAAGUGACCUUAUCAAGCAAUUAAGUAAAUAUAAGGAUAUUUAUUUCAAUAAUAGCGGCAAUAAACUCCAAGUGACCUUCAACCAGUUAAUGAAGAAGCUGCCAAAUCAAUAUCUUAGUGGAACAAAUUUAGAUCCCUACAACAAAGUGUUGGUAGCCAGCCUCAUUGACUGCUUGGUAAGAGACGACUCGUGCAAUGCAACAUGGCGACAACUCUUUAAUAGGUGCCCAAAGCAAUCUGCGACUGUGAUAGAAUAUAUAGAUACUAAUUGGGACGAAUUAAGUCCAAAAUUAAAGAAAAAGUCUUUGAAAACAACGAUUUUACAAUUUAAGGAAGUAUGUGGGGAAACUUUGAAGGGCAAGAAGAAAGAUGAAGCUGUUGUUAAGACGAACAAAAUAUGCCAGGAUAUUCUAGACAGGAUGACAAGCACUAGAAGGUUCCCUUGGUUGUGGGCGAGCUUCUUCUUAUUUGUUGGUAUUGUGGGUUUAGUUUCUUAUGAUGUAUCGAGAGCCAAUGGUAAUUUUGCCCAGAGCUCAACAGGUAAACUCUUCAAAGAUCUUGGUAUACUAGAACAAAGUCAACAAGCAUGGAGGAAAACUUUGUCAACAUCAGCCCGUGGCUACUUGUGGAUGGAAACAAAUGCACCUAUAUACUAUACUACUACAGUUGAAACACUAAAACCUUAUGGGCAAUUAUCAAAAGAAUUGGCCACAGUUGUUGUGAAGAAAAUGGGUGGCAUAUAUGGAAAUUUGAGGGAAUAUGUUGUGGACAAAACACCCGUAGUCGUGGCUACAAUAGAUCAGUAUGCGCCUGGUGUGUUGGAUUCAGUGCAAAACUAUGCUGCCAAUGGAUACAGCGUUGUGAAGAAAUAUUCCAAUGAAUAUUACCAAAUAACAGCGGAUUAUUUGUCCACUAAAGUUUUUGUAGGAGAAUGGGCACCAGAAAUUCUACAAAACAAAACACAAGUGGCACUAAAUGCGACUAAGUUCCACAUGUCCUCAUACUUCAGCUGGUUCAGAGAGCAAGUGCAUGUAUACUCCAAGUUACCC